UGAAUAAUCCUCCAUGGACGAUGAGAAGCAGCUCUCGGCUCUCCAUCAUCAUCUGCAGAAAAAUGCGAGCGGGGAGCGGUAAGAAAAUGCCAACUCGGACCGCUCUCCCUCCGCCGCAGACAUGAGCGCAGCCCCGACCGCCUCUUCCAGCCGCAACAAGUCGCUCUCACCAUGCGGAUCCACUGCAAAGUAGUUGUGAUCGCCGUGUGUUUCGGAGUUUUCCUACUUUUGUACUUUUGGGGGGGCAACGCCGCGGACGAUCCGCUGCUCAAAGAAGUUGGAGAGGAGCCGCAGCGGCAGCGGCAGCAGGAGAAGAAGAAGAAGGAGGAGGUGGUGGAGGAGGAGAGCAGCAACUCUUCCCCGUCGCCCUCCGAGCUCCGGCGCGAUGUUGCUGCAAAGUUUGCGGGGAAAUCCUCCGCGGGAGUCGGCGUGCGUCCGGAGGAGCCUCGGAAAGAGAGGAGAGGGGUGAAUGCAAAGAGUAAACCGCGGAGCAACGUGGCCCAACCUGUGAGCAAGCGUUCCCGGGCCGAGGAGUUCAUGCACUUGGCUGUGGUGGCUUGUGGGAAUCGUCUGGACGAGACCCUCACCAUGGUUAAAUCGGCCCUCCUGUUCAGCAUAAAGAAGAUCAAGUUUCACAUUUUUGCUGAGGACCCUUUGGCCCCGCAGUUUGAAGAAAGGCUGAACCAAUGGCCUCGCGGCAUCUCAGCCAAGUUCCAGUUCAGCAUCUACCCCAUCUCCUUCUCUGUGGGCAACGCUGACGAGUGGAAGAAGCUCUUCAAGCCCUGUGCUGCUCAGAGACUCUUCCUCCCCGUCAUACUGAAGGAUGUGGACUCAUUGCUGUACGUGGACACGGAUGUGUUGUUCCUGCGGCCAAUGGAUGAUAUCUGGAGUCUCCUGAAGUCCUUUAAUAAGACGCAGCUGGCAGCGAUGGCCCCGGAACACGAGGUGCCCAAGAUCGGUUGGUACAGCCGAUUUGCUCGCCACCCUUUCUACGGAGUCACAGGGGUGAACUCUGGCGUCAUGCUGAUGAAUCUCACCAGGAUCCGCAGCACACUGUUCAAAAACAGUAUGAUUCCCAGUGGUCUGUCAUGGGAGGAUCUUCUCCAUCCGCUCUAUCAGAAGUACAAGAACCACAUCACCUGGGGGGACCAGGACCUCCUCAAUAUCAUCUUCCACUACAACCCAGAGUGUCUCUUCAUUUUUCCCUGCCAGUGGAACUACAGACCCGACCACUGUAUGUACGGCAGUAACUGUAAAGGCGCUGAGGAAGAGGGUGUGUCCAUUCUCCAUGGCAACCGCGGAGUGUAUCACGAUGACAAGCAGCCAGCGUUCAAAGUGGUCUAUGAUGCAAUACGUGAUGUUUCCCAGAGACUAUGGGUUGAGGAGGAAUUGGAAGUUUGUCGGCUUAGACCUGGUGUCAUUCCAUCAGUGUUAAACUUCCCGGCUCAUCUUGGAAGAGUAUGUGCCAGAAAGACCACGACCAAGCAGCCUUAAGAUCUUAGGCAGUGUCUCUCUGAGGUCCCUCUCUAUCUCCCCACACAUCCACCAACCACUGGAACACAUCUCCAAAGUUCUGCCAGGCCAGCUCAGCUUCCCCUCAGAAGAAGUUCCGCCACCUGCCAGAUGAAGGAGCCUUUUGAGAGGCAGCUGGCAUCGUGAUUGGACUGUACUUUGGUCUGUUCCAAUCCAGCUUCAGCUGAAGAGACGGCAGGCGGGACGAGUCAACGGAGGCCGGGUGGAUGAAGGCAUGCAGCUGAGUACAAUCCAGAAAACAACAGAGGAGGAGUGCAGCGGCCCAGGGCCAGAACAGACUGUUAAGAAAGGCCAAAAUCCUAGUCCUCCCCAAAGCGGCAGUGGCUUGAAUGCUGCUAAUUUUCCGUCUAACCUGGGAGUGCAUCAUGCCUAUUACCCAGGUGGACUUGCUGCACCCAUCAUUCUUCCCUUUUGGCUUGCUCUGGGGGUCAGGCAUAUGGGUUCUGUAAAGCGUCUCGAGACAAUUUGACUGUAAUUGGCGCUAUAUAAAUAAAAUUGAAUUGAAUUGAACAAGCAGAGUAGCAUCGUAUGUCUCUUAGAAAACAUCCUAGUAUAGCCUUUGGUAUGAAAAAACACCAUCAUAUACAUCGUAUAUUGUACAACUGACGAGUCAAAGCAAAGAGACAUACAUUGUAAAAUUGUAAUUGUGGGCUGACUGAUUUACUGAUUAUCAGUAUUUUAUUUUUUACUGAUUUAUGGUAAUAAAUACAUUUAAAAAUGGCACUACUUUGGCGCUGAACCUUUAUCUACCUGUGGUCGCUCUGUCUUCUGGAGUGAUUUGAUUGGUUAUACGUCACGAAUAAAACUCCUUUAACUUAAGAUCUGUAAACAAAACAAAAACGUAUCAACAAAGUUUUCUGUUAGAGUUUGUGUUCUUCUAAGUUUAGCUCCAAGAUUUUAAAUACUUUCAUUUACUGCAAAUGAAUAUCUACUCCAAAUGUCUCACUAAUAAUCAUUAUCAGCCUUAAAAACCCACAAAACACCCCUCUAUACUCCACCACACUUAGUACAGUCCAGUUCCCCCUUCUAUAAAUCUGCUUGGAAUCGUCCACUUCCUGUUUGUCAAAAUGGCCUUCUACCUGGACAGGUUUUGUUGGAGCUCAUGCAACAAACAUUUUGGGUAACUGCACUUUAAUAUGGAUGGAUGACACUGAAUUAGAGUCUGUUUUAAUGAGACUGAGUUAAGAUAUGUAGCUCUGUCAUUAAAUAGUAAAUUAUUUCUGUGAAUUCACAGAGAAAAGUCUGAAAUGUUUGCUAGGUUAGCAUCCCACAUGUUCUUUGGCUCAGCUAAAGCUAACUCUCUCCAACUUCUGGAUCUCUUGAGUUGCUUGUUGUUAAAAUAUCUUGCUAGAGGUGCUGAAGCUCAGAAAGUCUGAGAUGUUUGUUCAAAAUAAGCUCAUUCUCAAGUCUUAUCUGAACUUUGUUUGAACUUUCCCUAAACUUAGGAGUUAAUGACAGAGCAGCACAUUCAGACUCUCAUUUAUGUAGCGAUUAAACUUCAGUGUCAUUCAUUGAUGUUACAGUGCAGUUUUUCAAAUGUUUGUUGCACAUGCUCCUGACCAAACCAGUCCAGGUGGAAGACGAUGUGAAGAGAAAGCUCCAGAGGAUGAAUAUCACACAUUUACGCUGGAAAUAAAUGUCCUUUAAUUUGACAUUGUCAUGCAAAAGUUGGAUUUCCCUUUAAUGAUGUUCAAAUCUUUGAGUGCUUUGUUGAUGUUGGUUUCUAAAUGUUUUCUGACACUCGGCCCCAAAGAUUAAAGGGGGGGGGAGGCCGCCACCCACCUCCCCGCCUACUCUCUGCCCUGACUCCACCCAGACUCUGCCUUGGCUCUACCCAUGUGGUCACUUCAGGAACUACGAUCCCAAAGGGACGACGAAAUUAUUUCUAUUCAUCUGAUCUGUAGCUCAGUGACUUAAGGGUUUACCUGUACAGCUGCAGGUCACUGGUUCAAGACCAGACCCUUCUUAAAUUUUAUCAAAAUCCUGACAAAGACAAAUGCCAGUGGUGGGUCUUGAACCUGCAACCUUCCACUUGGUAGUCUGUCUUCUUAUCCCCUGAGCUACUCGCUCAGAUACUAACUCUUCUUUUUUUUGCGCAUUUAUCAUCUAUUUUUUUGCCAUUUUCGAGUUUUUUUUUUAACUUGAAUCUCGACUCGACCGUUUUUCUCAGGAUGUUGGACUUCAGCCUUUGUGCUGGAGGGUUGAACCCUCAGUUCCAAGACUUUCCAAAGCCUCCACACCUCCCGAGUCCUCAGGACCUGAGCUUUCACACAGUCUGAGGGCUGAAAUUUUCUAAGUCCCACAGUAGUUCUCUGUUAGAUUUAACUUUCACACAGUCUGAGGGCUGAAAUUUUCUAAGUCCCACAGUAGUUCUCUGUUAGAUUGAACUUUCAGACAGCCCAAGGACUAAUAUCUUCUAAGUUCCUGAGUAGUUCUCUGUUAGUUUGAACCUUCAGACAGUCUGAGGACUGAAAUUUUAAAAGUUUCCCAGUACUUCUCUGUUAGUUUGAACUUUCUGGUUAACAGAAGCCUUAAAACUUGUGACCAUGAGUCUUGAUUUCACAUUUAGACCAUCCAUCUGAGUUCUUCUCAGACCUUCACCUGUGGGUUUUUUAGAAAUCCUCAACAAACUUUGAUUCUCUUCACUGAACAGUAAAGUUUGUGGAGAUCAGAAGGUAACAUUAGUUUGAUCAAUGCCUUCAACUACUAGUAGACUUUAUCUGGAAAGCAGUUUUCUGAAAUGAGUUCUUAGUAAAUCUAUCCACAAUCAAACCAAGAACAUAGAAAGAGGAAAUGUUUGAAGAAACAACUUGAUGUUUUCGUUUCAGACUAGAAAACGCUUUAAGAACUUUAUCUGUUUUUGCUCUUUUUGAUUGUUUUAUUGUCUCUCCUGUUUAAUUUGAUCUUCUAAAGUCUAACUGGUGUCUUUUGAAAUGUUUCGUCUUUAGUUUGAUUCUUCUUAAACGUUUAGUUUUGCUCUUUUCUCACCUUUCAUUCUUUUCUAAUGUCUGAUUUGAUUUUGAAAUGUUUUGUCUUUUUAAUGUUUAAUUGUUUUUUCAAAUGUUUUAUCGGCUUGUUUAAGUUUCUUUUUCUUUCCCAAUAUUUAAUGUUUGGAUUAAAUCUUUAAGGUUUUUCUUUUUAAAUGUUUUACCACCUUUUAAUGUUUAAUUUUCUUUUUAAAUGCUUCAUUGUAUUUUCUGUGUAAUUCCUAUUUGAAGUUUUAUUGUCUUUAAGAUGUAAUUUUGUAAUUAAACAUUUAAUUUUUUAAUUAAAUGUUUUGUCUUUUUUUGGCCUUUUUCAGCUUUUUAUUGGAUAGGCAUAGUGAGAGACAGACAGGAAAAGGGGGAGAAGAGUCGGGGGAAAACAUGCAGCAAAGGGCCGUAAGCAGGAAUCGAACCCAGGCCACUGCGUCAGGGACCAGCCUCGGUACAUUGGUCUCCCGCUUAACCUGUUGAGCUAUACGGGCACCUAUACUUUAACUUUUUAAAGGUUUAAUAAUCCAAUUAAAUGUUUUGCAUUUUUUUAAAGUCGUUAAUAUGCUUCUUGUUUAAUUGUAUUUUUUUAAAUGUUUAAUUGUGGAAAAUAUUUUAUCUGUAGUUUUUAAUAUUUGUAUUUUAAAAAUUUUGUUUAAUUUCAUAAUGACAUGUAUUGUAUCUUGUUGAAUUAUCUCAUUCAAUAUUUUGUCUGUUUAAUAUAAUUUAAUGUAAUUUAAUGUUUAAGCAUAUUAAACUAUCCGGUACAAUGCCCUAAAACACACCAAGAAACACAUUAAAGUCUAUUUUACUGCUGGAAGCUGCAAGCCAACGCCUAAAGAACAAACUGAAGCAACGGAGCCAAACCCGGUUCACUGGUGAAGAGAAACAGAGGAAAUGUUUGUCUGCAGCUAAAUAAAGCAGGAAGACACUGAGCUGCUCAGGUGUUCCUGAUAAUACCAAGCAGCCACCUGGACAGCCAAUAGGAACACAGCUUACUGGAAGUCCAGAGGGCUGGGUUAGUGAAGGAAAUUUAAUUUAAAGUUGAAGCAGAAAGUUAACAAAGAAAGUUGAAAACCACCUUCUGAUACCUGAAAUCUCUGAGUUUUCACACAAAGAACACCUGAACAUGUCAAACUGGUUCCAUAGUAGAACCAUCAUUGUAAAAAUGUCAUAGUAUGGUGUGUUGCUCAAAAAACAUUACAACCCGGCUGUCAGGGGACAAACAUGUAAGAAACAUGAGAACAGAGAGAAUCCAACCAGUAGGUCACAGUUUAUCAUCCCCCAGUCAUCUCCUGAAGUCCAUAUGGUGAGAGACAUCAGUAUCUGGUUGUUAAUUUACCAGAGGAUGCUUAUAAUCAUGCUGAUGUGGUCUGUACUCUACAGUAUUUUAGUGACUCAAUAAAUGCCUAAGUUUUUUUUAAUGCUUUUUAGUUUGUAAUAAACGUUUGAUAGCCUAUAUGUAAUCAAUAAAUGGCCUUUGCCUAUCUUAAGAAAAAUUCACUCAGAACUCUGAUAUGUUAACAGUACUAAAUAAAUCAAUAAAUACAUGCAUACACACAAAAAUAAGUUAAUACAUUAACUGUGUUAAGAUAAGAUUUAGAUUUUAAAAAAAGUUGUUUAUGUUUUUGCAGAAUCCAGUAUUGCUCACUGGUUGGUCAUUACAUUUUGUUAAUUUGAUUUCACUAUUUAAAAUGAUGCCACCUCUUUUCAGACAGAACCUGUGAUAAUAAAACAAUACAAAAUUUUUAGUUCCGUGUUAAUAAAGCACUUAAAGCUUUAAGUAUGGCUAAAUGCUUUUUUCAAAAUUAAAUAUAUCACUCCUUAGGUGGUAGUGGCCCCAAGUUCAGUAAAGUUGAAAAGAUAUUCACAGAUUCAGACUUCCAGCAUCAAUAACUCGUUAGAUAUAGGUUGUCAAAACAUAAACGGUGCCUCUUUCCCAUUGUUGCAAGGCAGACAAUGUGCUACAAGCCCAGUUUUAUCAAAAGUAGCUGUCUUUCAAGCUACAGGAAUAACAUUGGUGUCUAUGGAGUGAACAGGGUCCGUCUGCAAUUUGCAAAACCGCUGCAACAGUAAAGAGAGACAAAUAUUCAAUAACUUCACUCUUAUACAUCGUAGUGUCACUAAAAUCACUGCAGCCUUCAACUGGCUCCUGUUGACAAAGUGUCUUAACAGAAAUGUAAAUGCUGUAAUUUGAUUCUUUUAAUGAACCAUGUAACUUGAAUGGAUGUGAUGCUGGUGUGACCACAGUGCACACGUCUGAUGUUGCUCACAGUGGUCCAAGGGACGCUCAGGGAGUUUGUGUGUUUGCUCAGACUCAGGAAAAAUUACAGGGAACAUUGGUGUAGACGUGUGUUUGAGAGGGAAUCUUAGCUUGUAAUAUGACCUGUGGUCUGUGGUGAACAUAUGAGCCAUAUGUUUUUACAUUACUCUCGGUGUGGUGUAAUGGUCUAAAUGUAUCAAAUCAUUCAACCUGGAAACUGAAAAUGGCUGUACAGUCAACACGUGUUUCUAAAUAAAACAAUGCAAUGUACUGAGCCUGCUGAAGCCUCAGUUCUGCACGUAGAUGAUAAUAUGCAAUUUUUGUAGAUGGAAAUAUAUGAAUUUAAUGCAAAUUGAUGAAAUGCAAUCCUCUUAAAAAAAAUUUUCAGUCACAGUCACGCCAAACACACAGUGCAGUACACAUCCAUGGGGUAGAAGGUUCCUAAUCCUUUGUUUCGACAAUAUCUGCAUUUAUGUUUGGAUUAAUACUUGAUCUGGUGAUAUAAUAAUUCGAAAGUGAUUUGAAACUGAACAGAAAGGCCCCCAGAGUCUGUCUCUUUAGAUUUUCCAGCAAACUUAGUGCUUUAAAUCUAUUUUCAGUGCCUGAAUCAAUAAAAUCACCUUUACAAAUGUACAAAGACAUACUUUAACCAAUUAUUUGUAACUUACUGCAUGCACAAUUGCAUGUAUACAAAUAGUUAAGAGGCAUGGAAAUUGUGUAGGGUGGCAUGGUGAUGCAGUGGUUAGCGUUGCUGCCUGCUAGUUUUUUGGUUGAGGGCCUUUCUGUGUGAAGUUUGCACAUUUUCCCUGUGCCUGUGUGUGUUUUCUCAUGUAACAGAUGAAUGGUAAGUCAUUCUAAAUCACCAGUGCGAGUGUGUAAUGCUGUCUGUCCAGUGUACACCUUGCUUUUGGCCCUGUGGAUAAAGCAGGCUAAGCUUCUGAAUGGAUGGAAGUUGUGCAUUGUAGUUAAAUGUUUAAGAUCCUACAAAACCUAAUCCCUGUUUGAACUGUAAUCCACAUUAUUUGAUAAAAUAAGAUAAAACUUUGUUCUUCUUGUGCCAGAUAUUGCUCAGAAGAAACUGAAUGACAUAAGAAAUGCAGUGCCUGAAAAGUAGAAAAGCAACAAGAUAUAAGGAUAAUACAUUACUGGAUAAAUAAGUGAGCUAAAAUAAGACGAGAACAGAACAAUAAAAAGUAAUGCCGGCAGUAAUGCUGAGGUAAUGAGUAAUACCACACAUGGUAUUUAAAAAUUGUGGCUGAAAAAAGAGAUGAAAAUGUAAUAUUUAAAAUAUUUGGUGGCACACAGUACUGCAUACAUGUGUUAAUGUGGAUUAAUAUAUCUAUAUGUAGCAUAUUACAUUUUCUGCAAAAUAAAGUCUAUUUUUCCAUGCAG